CGGUCCCGCGCGCGCGCCCGUCACCGGAGGAGGAGAAGCGAGGACAGAAGGCGACAGGAAGACACAGCGAGAAUAAAAACAAUCAGUUAUCGCUAUUGUUCCCCCAUCUCUCUCGCCGGUUAACCGCCUCACCAAAAACCCAGCAGCCAUGUCAGAGGAAAAGCCAAAGGAGGGCGUCAAGACCGAGAAUGACCACAUCAACCUGAAGGUUGCGGGGCAAGAUGGCUCGGUGGUCCAGUUCAAAAUCAAAAGGCACACAUCCCUCAGUAAACUCAUGAAGGCGUACUGCGAACGACAGGGACUAUCAAUAAGGCAGAUCAGGUUCAGGUUUGACGGCCAGCCAAUCAAUGAGACUGAUACACCUUCGCAGCUGGAGAUGGAAGACGAAGACACCAUAGACGUUUUCCAGCAGCAGACAGGCGGCCUCUGCUAAAGCCCCUCCCACCUCAGUGACCGCCACCAUCAGACCACACCCCUCUGACAUCAACACCCGUCAUCGCACCUCUCAGCUAUUAUUAUUAUUAUUAUUAUUGACUAUUUGUUCAGUUAAGCUAUGUCAUGUUGGGCUUCGGGGUGGGGCACUACUUUCUCUAGGUGUGAGUGAGGAACACAGGCUGUGAUUGGACCAACGGCUAUCCAGUAGUGUUACUGUCCGUCAAAGGGCCACCCAUAUUUCAUUUUUCCCCUCGUGUUUUUUUUUCUGAACCCCUGCUGUCCUUGAAAUUGUUUUUAAAAAAAGCUCUGCUUUUUAGCCGGCUCCACUAAAGAAAUGUGCGUUUUGUAACCCCCUUGCCGCCGCAGAAUAGACGCCCGCUCGUUUUUCUGUACAGACACAACAGAAUGGAUGUAAGCUAAAUAUCGGCCACACGGAAGGAGUCUGUACUUUUUGGUUACUUCCUUUUUCUUUCUCGUCGUCCCACGUGCGUACCGCCAAGUAUUUAUUCCGACUGACAGAUGGCUGCAUGGAUAGAAUGGACGC